CCCCAGAGGCGUUGGGUGCUGCCGGAAUCAUGUGGCCCGUUGUGGCGCUCGCGCUGUGCGGCCUCGCCGCCGCCGUGCCCUCGGAGGACAGGAAGCUGAGCGACAAGGCGACGACGCUGGCCGACCGCAGCGCCACGCUGGCCUUCAACCUCUACCACGCCAUGGCUAAGGACAAGAGCAUGGAGAACAUCCUGCUGUCCCCCGUGGUGGUGGCCUCUUCCCUCGGCCUCGUGUCGCUCGGGGGCAAGGCGGCGACGGCCUCCCAAGCCAAGGCGGGGCCCCGCGCCGACAAGCUGGACGGACUCCGUGGCCCAGCCUCCAUCAACUUCGCCGAUGACUUUGUGAAGAACAGCAAGAAGCACUACAACUACGAGCACUCCAAGAUCAACUUUCGGGACAAGAGGAGCGCCCUGAAAUCCAUCAAUGAGUGGGCAGCCCAGACCACGGAUGGGAAGCUCCCCGAGGUCACCAAAGACGUGGAGAAAACUGAUGGAGCCCUCAUUGUCAACGCCAUGUUCUUCAAACCUCACUGGGAUGAGAAGUUCCAUCAUAAGAUGGUGGACAACCGUGGCUUCAUGGUGACCCGUUCCUACACCGUGGGGGUUCCAAUGAUGCAUCGCACAGGUCUCUACAACUACUAUGAUGACGAGGCAGAGAAGCUCCAGGUGGUGGAGAUGCCACUGGCUCACAAACUCUCCAGCAUGAUCUUCAUCAUGCCAAACCACGUGGAGCCACUGGAGAGGGUUGAGAAACUGCUGAACAAGGAGCAGCUGAAGACCUGGUCUAGCAAGAUGAAGAAGAGAUCAGUAGCCAUCUCAUUGCCUAAAGUGGUUCUGGAAGUCAGCCACGAUCUUCAGAAACACUUGGCUGACCUGGGCCUCACGGAAGCCAUUGACAAAACCAAGGCCGACCUGUCCAAGAUCUCCGGCAAGAAAGACCUUUACCUGUCCAACGUCUUCCACGCUGCUGCUCUGGAGUGGGACACGGACGGGAACCCCUACGACGCCGACAUCUACGGCCGGGAGGAGAUGCGGAACCCCAAGCUCUUCUACGCUGACCACCCCUUCGUCUUCAUGAUCAAGGACAGUAAAACCAACUCCAUUCUCUUCAUCGGCAGGCUCGUGAGGCCCAAAGGGGACAAGAUGCGUGAUGAGUUGUAGCUUUUUGUAUUUUUUUUUCUCCAGAGAAUUGGUUUGUGUUUUUUAGUGAGGGAUUUGAAAAAGGGGAAACACUAUUUUGUAUCCUUCUUGAACUAUGGGUGCUAUUCAGACCAGGGUGCAUUUUGAUGAGAAACCAGCAUACACUUUACCUCACCCCAAAAUACUCUACUGCACAAACCCACCUCCAGAGAGGAACAGAGGAGCCUGGCACAGGGUCACCAGGAGCAG